AUGGAUGGGUGCCGGUAUAAAAGGGAGCCGCUGCCUCAUCAGUCUGAGUCUCAACCACUGGUGAUGAAGAAGAUGAUGACGACCAAGGCUGUGCUGCUCUUCCUCGCCCUCGUGCUGGCCGCAGUUCGGGCAGACGUGGACCCGGCAGAGGUGACUGGCUCCUGGGCCACCCAGGCUGUGGCCUCAGAUGACGUGUCCAAGACCAGCGAGGGCGGGUCUCUGCGACCCUACUUCCGGACAAUCGAAUGUGCUGGGGCCGGCUGCCAGACCAUCACUCUGCGCUUCUACAUCAAGGAGGAUGGCCGCUGUGUCCUGUACACUCUCGUGGGUGAGAAGGGGGCAGACGGAAACUACAGGAGCGAGUACUCCGGGGACAACUACUACCGGUUCCUGGUGCAGAAACCUGGCUUCAUUGUCUUCUACAACCACAACGUGGAUGUCAACGGGCAUGAAACCCACAUGACCGUGGCCCUGGCCCAGGGUGGCCAGCUAAGUCAUGAACAGAGUUCGUCAUAUGGAGAUGCCACUGACGCCAAUGGCAUCUCCCGAGGGAACAUCCAGGAAGUGGCAUCACAAGAUUUCAAGCUCCAAGCUGGAGAAUCUAUUCGUGAAGACAUUGACAAAAUGUUUUGUGAAAUUGCUAAUAAAAUGGAGUGUAACUGA